AUGGAGGGCGGCUUCAAGGGCGGAGAGGCGUACCAGAAGUACUUCCUGCCAGGGGCGUACCUGACUACCUACUACAGCUUGGACAGCGGCCCUGCCCCCAAGGCCGAGGUGCUGAAGUUUAGCCUGGAGUUUCUCCACAAGACCUUCGGCCCCGGAGGCCUCAUGGGGGACAUGCUGAUCGACAUUGGCUCGGGCCCCACCAUCUAUCAGGUGCUCGCCGCCUGCUCGUCCUUCCUAGACAUCACCCUCUCGGACUUCUCUGACUGCAACCGCCAGGAGCUGGGAAAGUGGCUGAAGCAGGAGCCGGGUGCCUUUGACUGGUCGCCGGUGGUGAAAUAUGCCUGUGAGCUGGAGGGAGACAGUGGCCGGUGGAUGGAGAAGGAGGAGAAGCUUCGAGCCGCGGUGAAGAGGGUGAUCAAGUGUGAUGUCAACUUGGAUACUCCAUUGGCGCCGGCCUCACUGCCCCUAGCAGACUGUGUGCUGACCCUGCUGGCCAUAGAGUGCGCCUGCUGCAGCCUGGACACCUACCAUGCUGCGCUCCACAACCUGGCCUCUCUGCUCAAAGGGGGGGGGGGGCACCUGGUGACCAUGGCCACUCUUGGGCUCUCGUCCUACGUGGUGGGGAAGUAUGAGUUCUCUUAUUUGACCCUGGAGAGGGAGGAGCUGGAGCAGGCUGUCCUGGACGCCGGCUUCGACAUCCAGGAGCUCCUUCAGGCUCCCAAGCUGUAUUCGGUGAGCCUUGCCCCCAAUACUGGGAUCUGCUUCAUUGUGGCCCGCAAGCGGCCUGAGCCCUGAGCCAGGCUGGCCAGCCAGGGCUUUGGUCAGGGUCUGAGGCCUGGGCCACUUCUCUGCUAUCUGCUAACAGCCCCUGCUUUCGACACUAACAUCUCUUCUUCUGGCUUCUAGGUUCUCACAUUCUUGCUUUAGGAUUCUUGGUUUGCAAUAACGUGAUUCUAAGGUCCCAGGAGUCGAAGAUUCGAUUUUCAAAGUGUGCUAGGCUGGAUAGCUACUCUUUGAUGCUAUCCAAUUCCCCAGGCUACUGAAUAGCACCCAGAGACAUGCUGUCAGAGUCUUCUGUUCCUAUUAUUGUGGAGAGAGUGGUUGACAAAUGGUUAAAAAAAAAAAGCUUUAAAGAAGAGAGAGAGAGCGAGACUAAUUUGUGUUGAUUGCCAAUUCCCAUGGUGCAAAUAUUCCCACUGUGGCUAGUUUCAAGCAACCCAUGAUUUAAUAACCAAACCAAAAUCAAGGUCACUGCUAUCGAGUGGAUUCCGACACACGGUGACCCUGUAAAACAACAUGGAGCAGCCUCUUUUGGAGUUCCAAGACGGCAAACCUUUACGGAAGCAGACAGCCUAAAUCUUUCUCCCAAGGAGUGGAGGGUGGGCUCACAUGGCUGACUUUACCUCAUGCGUCGUAGCCCUCGACUCCAAACCUUACUUUCCCUACCUGUGAUGUGCAGUGAGUGGGAUCUAA